AUGUCCAUUUAUAUCUCUGUUAGAACUGGCUUAUUAGAAUUAUCUCUAUGUGGCCUAACAGGUAUCAAAGGUAAUGAAGAUAUAAGAGUUAAUCCUGAAAAAACAAUUGCAACUCUAAAUGCAGUAUCCAAAGCUAUUACAAAAGCGUUAAGUACAGAAUUAGGGAGUUGUCCAGAGCCUGUCCCAGGUGGACCAAGACCAUGUAUAAAUCCACGAAAUUCUAUGGGUAAAUUUGCAGUAAGUACAUUGUUAAAAACUGCGCCCAGAAUAGCUACACCAAAGACUGCACCCACUUUAUGA